GUAAAGACUUGAGACCGUUUAGUAGCGUGGAGGGUGAGGGAUUUUCCGAGUUGAUGAAUACGCUAGAGCCCAGAUAUACAGUACCAUCGAGACAGUACUUUAGUGAAACGUGUACCACGUCUAUAUACUCGUGCUAAAGCGGAGGUAUUACACGAACUAAAGGAAGCAGAACGGGUUGCUAUCACUACAGAUGGAUGGACUUCUCGCUCAACUGAAGCCUACAUUACGGUCACUUGCCGCUACAUUGAUACAGCAUGGACGCUAAAAAACUACGUGCUUCAGACUCGCGUUUUAAGUGACUCUCACACAGGACCGAACCUAGCCUCUGUCCUAAACGAAGCAUGUGAAGAAUGGCACAUUGCAGAUAAAAACCCAGCUCUUGUAACUGACAAUGCCAGGAACAUGACCGUAGCAGGAAUAGAGGCGCAUCUGUCACCGCACAUAAAAUGUUUUGGACAUACUAUCAACUUGGCAACUCAAAAAGGACUCAAAUGCAAUGAUGCUGCCCGUCUUUUAGGUAGAGUACGUCGUGUUGUGAGUUUUUUUCACCGCAGCACGCUGGCCAAUGCUGUGUUAAAAGAGAAACAAAAACUACUUGAUCUCCCACCACACAAACUCAUCCAAGAUGUCAUCACACGUUGGAACAGCUCGUUUGAUAUGCUGGAGCGUUUUUUGGAGCAACAGGCUGCUGUGUGUGCUACACAGCUUGACCAAAAAAUCAGAAAGUCCAUGAAGAAUGAUUUACAAACACUAAAUGAAGAUGACAUAUCCACAGCUGAAGAAAUGAUACAGUUACUGAGGCCUGUGAAAACUGCAACUACAAUAAUGUGUGAGGAGGCACAACCAAUUAUCUCAGUCAUUGCUCCACUUAAAAGUAAGUUGAUUGAACAUUUCAGUGUCUGUGAGGAUGACAUGCCACUGAUCAAAGAAAUGAAACAAACAAUGGCCAAAGAGCUCGAGCAUCGUUACACAGAUGUCCAAGAAGUAUUAAACACUGCAGCUGCCCUUGAUGCAAGAUUCAAGACCCUGCCCUUUCUGUGCGAAGAGGAGAGGGAUGCCACAUUCAAGAAUAUCAUAAAUGAGGCUACACAGCUGUGGGACCAAAAAGAAGACACACAGGCUCAUGAUGGCACUGCAAUGGAGGAAACUCACACAACACACCCAUCUGAAGAGGCAUGUGAUGAUGAGCUCCAUGCUUCAGAAUAUGUUCCUGUCUCAAAAAAAACCAAAGCAAUGGAGGAUCUGUUUGAGGACACAUACACUGCGAGCAGCAACUUCGUGAAAACAUCCAAGCAGCUGGCAGAGAUGGAAGUAAAUAGAUACAAAGAGACUGAAUUAUUAACACUCAAAGGUAAUCUGUUAGAAUGGUGGGGAAGUCAUGAAAUGGAGUUUCCCCUCCUUGCAAAUCUAGCCAAAACCUAUCUCUGUAUUCCUGCGACAAGCGUGCCCUCCGAGCAUUUCAAAGAGUAG